UCACGUCAUCCCGCCUCCCCUCUGGAUUGGCCACCGCCGUGGCCCUCGGCCUUUCCAGUAUGGCGGCGCCCAGCGGAGCGGCGAGCUGCGAGGACUUCGCCGAGUUCCAGGAGUUGCUCAGGGUGAUGAGGACGAUCGAUGACAGAAUUGUCCACGAAUUAAACACUACGAUUCCAACAGCUUCCUUUGUGGGGAAAAUUGAUGCCGGCCAGACGUGUAAAGAGCUGUACCAGUCUUUGAUGGAUGCUCACAGCAGCAGAGAGAGAAUCAUCAAAAACUGCAUCGCUCAGACUUCCAGUGUCGUGAAAACUCUCCGAGAAGAGAGAGAAAAGGCCCAGGAUGAUGUAGCAUUAUUAAAGCAACUCAGGAAAGAGCAGACAAAGUUGAAAUUGAUGCAGUCGGAGCUGAAUGUCGAAGAAGUGGUAAACGACAGAAGCUGGAAGGUAUUUAAUGAGCGUUGCCGAAUUCACUACAAGCCUCCGAAGAGUCAAUGAUGUGGGGUAUUGUCCAUCAAGGUGGUCCAUAACCAUGAGAGCCAAACUGGAAAGAGACCUUGGGUGAGCUGUAUUGGGACCCUCCAGAACCAGUAGAACCCAGUCUUGUUUUGUUUUGGACCUACUUAGCUGAAAUUUCAAGGUUGAAAUGAUUCUCCUGUAAUUAAGAGAAAACAGCUCAUCUUUUGUACAAAAUAUGUGAACAAAUGAGUUUUAUAGUAUUAAAAUAAUUUUCAAAUGGAAUGCGAAACCGGCAUCUUUCUUGAACUUCUUCAGCUUCAGCAGUCCUAGAGGGGAAGAAAUGGUAAAAGCCAGCUCUGAGCAGGGAGGACAUGGCUCUCCCUGAACUGAUGCUUGCCAGACUAUCAGGGAACAUGGUGUGUUUGUGAAAAUAAUCUACUAAAAUCUGAAAGGAAAUAAAACUUGCAGAAUGAUCAGCAAGUGUAGGUUCAGCAUCCCUGAAAGUAAGAAGCUACCAGUAUUGUUCUGAACUACUCAACUCUAGAACUAGCGUUGGUUCAGAGUUGCAUGCAGAUACAGGUUUGACAUUCUUCCCACCAUGCUGACAGGGAGCAUCUCUUGCACACUGUCCUUUCAUCUGUGUUACCAAGUUCUGGAUUUUUUCUUUAAAUAGGGAACGAGGUGUCAGUUAAAACCACUUUGAAUUGGAGACAGAGAUAUAUCUCAUUCGGGAAUGAGAGAGUUAACUAUCCAGUGACCCUAUUUUGUACCUCCUUCUGAACCUUUAAGAUUAAUUCUAUAGUUGAAUUGCAUUUGAACUGAGAAAAUAGCUGUGCAUACCUGAUCUUGUUGAUUCUGGCCAUAGUGUUGUAUUUAGAAAGCUUUAAAUGCAGCACCCUUGCAGUAACACAGCAUUUAAAAGCAGAUAAGGAAGUCAGAAUUGCUGUAAUUAUACCUUUUUUUUUUUACUAACUCUAAUUAGCUGACAGUCAAAUGACAAGGUCUGCAUGGUUGCCAGCUGUUUUUAUUACUUAUCACUAAGUCUUUAAGAAUCAUUGAACUUGAGCAGAGCCUUAAAAAUACAGGCCCCAUCUUGCAAACACUUUCAGUUACAGCACCUAAAUGACUAUAUACUCUCACAUCCUUAAAAGCUGUGUGUAUAUGGGGAAUGAGAAGUCAAUGGAGGAAUGUACCUGUGUUGCUGAAAGCUGGCAAAAAUCUGUGCAGCAUCAUCUGUUUUAUAGUUGUUUGUCCAGUAGAGACUUGAACUACUUGGUGGCCUUUAUUUUUAGGCAGCAGAGUCAUUUAGUCUCACUUUUCUUUGAGAAUGACGCAGAAAUAUAUUUUAAGUCUUUGAGGAUGUAAAUCCUAAUGUUGAAACUUCAUUUUUUCCCCU